UGUGAGGCCGGUGCUUCCUGACCUCUCUUCUUUUUAUCCCCCUCCCUCCUCUUUCUUUCAUCCAUUCUCCGCUCCACACGAUCCUAUCUCUCUCUCUUCCCUCUCCCCCUCCCUCCCUCCCUCUCUCCCUGCCCGCCAUGGCGUUACACUCAGCGUCUUCCAUAGCACGACUACACCACACUAAUGUGCAUUCAGACGUUGUUCCCUCCAUUUUCGCCUCCGGCAGUGGCAAUUUACUUGUCGACUUCACGGGUUUGUGCUCCAAAUCCAAGCGAGCCAGACGCAGAUUAGGAGCCUUUGCGUCUCGCAAAGCUUUUCAGCAUUACUUGACGAAGAACUCGUCGCCGGUCAAAGCCGUUCUUGACCUUGAGCGUUGCAGUAAGCUUCUUGAUGAUUCUGCUACUUCUGAUUUAAAACCACAGGUUGCACACUUGGAGGACAUAAUAUCAGAAAGAGGAGCUUGUGGUGUAGGGUUCAUUGCCAAUUUGGAAAAUAUAGGAUCACAUCAGAUUGUUAAAGAUGCUCUUACUGCUCUGGGCUGUAUGGAACAUCGUGGUGGCUGUGGGGCAGAUAAUGACUCAGGCGAUGGGUCAGGGCUGAUGACAUCUAUUCCAUGGGAUCUAUUUGACAAUUGGGCCAACAAGCAAGGGAUUGCAUCAUUUGAUAAGUUGCAUACCGGUGUUGGAAUGGUAUUUCUACCCAAAGAUGAAGGACUUCUACAAGAGGCGAAGAAAGUUAUUGUAAAUAUAUUUAAACAAGAAGGUCUUGACGUGCUUGGGUGGAGGCCUGUCCCUGUAAAUACUUCUGUAGUAGGCCAUAAUGCAAAGGAGACAAUGCCAAACAUACAGCAGAUAUUUGUUAAGAUCAUAAAAGAAGAAAAUGUUGAUGACAUUGAACGUGAAUUGUACAUCUGCCGGAAAUUGAUUGAAAAAGCAGUAAGCUCAGAAAGUUGGGGAAAUGAGCUUUAUUUCUGUUCUUUGUCAAAUCAAACCAUAGUCUACAAAGGAAUGCUUCGGUCAGAAGUUCUUGGAUUAUUUUAUCAUGACCUUCAAAAUGAUCUUUAUAAGUCUCCUUUUGCCAUUUAUCAUCGAAGGUAUAGCACGAAUACAAGUCCUAGAUGGCCUCUUGCACAGCCAAUGAGGCUUCUUGGACAUAAUGGAGAGAUCAAUACCGUACAGGGUAACUUAAAUUGGAUGCAAUCUCGUGAAACAUCAUUGAAAUCACCUGUAUGGCAUGGUCGGGAAAAUGAAAUUCGUCCAUUUGGAAAUCCAAAGGCAUCAGACUCAGCAAAUCUGGACAGUGCCGCAGAAUUGUUGAUAAGAAGUGGUCGUAAUCCUGAGGAAGCGAUGAUGAUCCUUGUACCAGAGGCUUAUAAAAAUCAUCCAACUCUCAUGAUUAAAUACCCUGAGGUGGUUGACUUCUAUGACUACUACAAGGGUCAAAUGGAGGCAUGGGAUGGACCGGCCUUGCUUUUAUUCAGUGAUGGAAAAACUGUUGGCGCAUGUCUUGAUCGUAAUGGCCUGAGGCCUGCUAGGUAUUGGAGAACAUCAGACAAUGUUGUAUAUGUUGCCUCUGAGGUUGGUGUUCUACCAGUUGAUGAAUCAAAGGUUAUCAUGAAAGGCCGAUUAGGUCCAGGGAUGAUGAUAACGGUUGAUUUAGUUGGUGGUCAGGUUUUUGAAAAUACUGAGGUUAAAAAGCGAGUAGCCUUGUCAAAUCCGUAUGGGGAGUGGGUCAAGGGUAACUUGCGGUCUUUUAAGCCAGCAAACUUCCUUUCGGCUGCGGUCAUGGACAAUGAUGCAAUAUUAAGACACCAACAGGCAUUUGGUUACUCAAGUGAAGAUGUCCAAAUGGUGAUUGAAUCUAUGGCUUCUCAAGGAAAGGAGCCCACAUUUUGCAUGGGAGAUGAUAUUCCACUGGCAGCAUUAUCUCAGAAGCCACAUAUGCUUUUCGAUUAUUUCAAGCAACGAUUUGCACAGGUCACAAAUCCUGCUAUUGACCCUCUUCGAGAAGGCUUGGUUAUGUCUCUUGAAGUCAAUAUAGGGAAGCGAGGGAAUAUAUUGGAAGUUGGACCAGAGAAUGCCUCACAGGUUAUAUUGUCUAGUCCUGUGUUGAGAAGGGAUCUUGAGUCAUUGUUGAAAGAUCCCCACUUAAAACCGCAAGUAUUACCAACAUUUUUUGAUAUAACCAAAGGGGUUGAAGGUUCGUUGGAGAAGGCAUUAGAUAGACUUUGUGAAGCUGCUGAUGAAGCUGUCAGAAAUGGCUCACAGCUGCUUGUUUUCUCUGAUCGUUCAGAUGCACUAGAACCAACUCAUCCAGCAAUCCCAAUCCUUCUUGCUAUUGGUGCUGUUCAUCAACAUCUAAUUCAGAAUGGCCUACGCACGUCUGCAUCACUUGUAGCAGAUACUGCUCAGUGCUUUAGCACUCAUCAGUUUGCCUGUUUGAUUGGAUAUGGUGCAAGUGCCGUGUGUCCAUACUUGGCAUUGGAGACAUGUCGGCAAUGGCGUUUGAGUAACAAGACUGUUAAUCUGAUGAAGAAUGGAAAGAUAUCAACUGUAUCAAUUGAACAGGCGCAGAAGAACUAUUGUAAGGCUGUUAAAGCGGGUCUUCUUAAAAUUCUUUCCAAAAUGGGCAUCUCAUUACUUUCCAGUUACUGUGGUGCACAAAUAUUUGAAAUCUAUGGAUUAGGAAAGGAAGUUGUUGAUCUUGCAUUUAGAGGAAGUGUAUCAAAAAUUGGUGGAUUAACUUUUGAUGAGCUGGCAAGAGAGACUUUGUCUUUCUGGGUGAAGGCAUUUUCUGAGGAUACAGCUAAAAGGCUAGAAAAUUUUGGGUUUAUACAGUUUAGACCUGGAGGGGAAUAUCAUGCAAAUAAUCCAGAGAUGUCAAAGUUGCUCCACAAAGCCGUUCGUCAAAAAAGUCAAAGUGCCUUUUCAGUGUAUCAGCAGCAUUUAGCUAAUCGGCCUGUUAAUGUUCUGCGUGACCUCCUUGAAUUUAAAAGUGAUCGUGCUCCAAUACCUGUAGGAAGGGUCCAACCUGCUUCAUCAAUUGUUGAACGCUUUUGUACUGGUGGCAUGUCACUUGGAGCUAUCUCAAGAGAAACUCACGAAGCAAUUGCAGUUGCAAUGAACCGACUAGGUGGAAAAUCCAAUUCAGGGGAAGGUGGUGAGGAUCCCAUUCGCUGGAAGCCACUUACAGAUGUUGUUGAUGGUUAUUCUCCUACUCUGCCACAUCUCAAAGGUCUUCAAAAUGGUGAUACUGCUACUAGUGCUAUCAAACAGGUUGCUUCAGGGAGGUUUGGUGUCACCCCAACAUUCUUGGCAAAUGCUGAUCAAAUAGAAAUUAAAAUUGCACAAGGUGCAAAGCCUGGUGAAGGAGGACAGUUGCCUGGGAAAAAAGUUAGCAUGUAUAUCGCAAGGUUGAGAAAUUCUAAACCUGGGGUUCCUCUUAUAUCUCCACCUCCUCAUCAUGACAUCUAUUCCAUUGAGGAUCUUGCUCAAUUGAUCUAUGAUCUCCAUCAGGUGAACCCUAAGGCCAAGGUCUCAGUGAAACUGGUGGCUGAAGCUGGAAUUGGUACUGUUGCAUCUGGGGUUGCCAAGGGUAAUGCUGACAUUAUACAGAUUUCAGGGCAUGAUGGUGGAACUGGAGCAAGCCCAAUAAGUUCUAUCAAGCAUGCUGGAGGUCCUUGGGAACUUGGUCUUACAGAAACUCACCAGACACUCAUUGAAAAUGGGCUUAGAGAAAGGGUCAUUCUCAGAGUUGAUGGUGGCUUUAGAAGUGGAGUUGAUGUGAUGAUGGCUGCCGCAAUGGGUGCUGAUGAGUAUGGCUUUGGUUCAGUGGCCAUGAUUGCUACUGGAUGUGUAAUGGCCCGCAUUUGCCACACCAAUAAUUGUCCAGUUGGUGUUGCGAGUCAGAGGGAAGAACUGCGUGCACGUUUUCCUGGUGUACCGGGUGAUCUUGUCAACUACUUUUUGUAUGUUGCUGAGGAGGUAAGAGGCAUAUUGGCACAGCUGGGUUAUGAGAAGUUGGAUGAUGUAAUUGGCCGGACAGACUUAUUGCAACCACGAGACAUAUCUCUAGUCAAAACUCAGCAUAUAGAUCUCAGCUAUAUUCUCUCUAACGUUGGGUUGCCAAAAUGGAGCAGUACAGCAAUUAGGAAACAGGAAACUCAUACCAAUGGUCUGGUUUUGGAUGAUGCUUUGUUAGCUGACCCAGAGAUUGCAGAUGCUAUUGAGAAUGAAAAAGUUGUCAACAAGACUGUUAAAAUAUUCAACAUUGAUCGUGCUGUAUGUGGGCGUAUAGCUGGUGUUAUUGCUAAGAAGUAUGGUGACACUGGUUUUGCUGGACAGUUGAAUAUAACAUUUACAGGAAGUGCUGGCCAGUCGUUUGCAUGCUUUCUGACCCCUGGAAUGAACAUUCGCCUGGUAGGAGAGGCUAACGAUUAUGUGGGGAAGGGAAUGGCUGGAGGUGAGUUGGUUGUCACGCCAGUUGACAAAACAGGGUUUCAACCUGAGGAUGCAACUAUUGUGGGGAACACUUGCUUGUAUGGGGCAACAGGUGGACAGGUCUUUCUUAGAGGGAAGGCUGGGGAGCGAUUUGCUGUGCGAAACUCACUUGCUGAAGCUGUUGUUGAAGGCACUGGAGACCAUUGUUGCGAGUACAUGACUGGUGGUUGUGUGGUUGUCCUUGGAAAAGUGGGUAGAAACGUGGCUGCUGGAAUGACUGGAGGGUUGGCUUACAUUCUUGAUGAAGACAGUACUCUCAUACCCAAGGUAAACAGAGAAAUUGUAAAAAUCCAACGCGUAUCAGCGCCUGUAGGGCAGAUGCAGCUGAAGAACCUUAUUGAAGCCCAUGUUGAAAAAACGGGGAGUAGCAAAGGGGCGGCGAUUCUGAAAGAGUGGGACAAGUACUUGCCGUUGUUUUGGCAGCUGGUUCCACCAAGCGAAGAAGACACCCCGGAGGCUAAUGCCGAGUAUGACACAAGAGAGGCUGAGCAGGUGACUUUGCAGUCCGCUUAGGAGCACAAUCCGAGCUUUACUUUUGAGUCCAGUAUCAUAUGGAGCCUCGGUGCAUGAAUUGCUGACGUGCCCAACCACCCCCCCCCCGGGGGGGCACAGAUGGAGAACAAAAUUCCAACUCUAAUUCAGGGGAUUAAUUUAUCCCCUCAGAGCCAUACGGCAACGCCACUUUUGGUUGCAGUUGGGGGUCGCCCCAUUCUCUCUUCCUAGUUUUGUAUAGAAGGCGCUUUGUACAAGAAAAUGUAGAUAAAAGGCACUCGAUUUCUGUCUGACUGAAAUUUUUUCUCUUUAAUUAAUUAAUGGGUUGAUUUUCCCAGUCUUCUCUUC